AUGGUGGCUGGGAAGCGAUACUCUUCUUCUAUUGGUAUUGCUGCAGAUGAGAGAGAAUCGCAGCGGGUGUUGCAGAACGCACUCCGGGAAUUCUUUCAUUUGUUGGGCAUGUUCGUUCCAAGAGAUCUCAUUCCUUUUCUUGGGUUUUUAGAUUUGGGAGGAUAUGAGAAAGCCAUGAAGAAAACUGCGAGAGUAUUAGAUGAUGCACUUAAUAAAUGGCUGCAAGAGCAUAAAAGAAAGAGAGAAGGUGGAACUCAACUGGUUAACGAAGAACAAGACUUUAUGGACGUGAUGCUUUCUAUGCUUCGGGAAUCAGACCAUGCCAGUUUUGCUUGUAUGAAACUAUGGGGGAUAACACUAAGGUGUUUUUCCUGUUUAGAGGUUGGAUUUUAG